AUGAGUCAGGCCAAGAAGACGACAACCCCAGGCGCUGCAGCAGCAGCAGGAGGGCAGGGUGCGCGUGCUGGGCGUUUUCGCCUGAGGCGUAAGAACAAGAGAGUGACGGAUUUGAAGCGUCAGGCUAUGGGAAAGACAUCCUGCAAGCUACGAAAGAGCAUCACUCCUGGCACUGUGUUGAUCCUUCUAAGCAGCGGGUACAGAGGGAAGCGUGUGAUAUGCCUGAAGCAGCUGGAGCCCUCAGGCCUCCUCCUUGUCUCAGGGCCCUUCACUGUCAACGGUGUUCCUCUCCGUCGUGUGAACCAGCGCUAUGUUAUCGCUACCAGCACCAAGGUAGAUGUUUCUGGGGUUGAUCUCAGCGGCAUUUCAGAUAGCCUAUUCACCCGCACUGCAAAGGAGAAGAGAGAAGAACGCAAAAUGAGAACAAAGGACGAUACCUCGCUCUUCGUGCAGCAGGAUACUUCGGCCCAGAAAAAACUCCCAGAGGAGAGAAAGAAGCUCCAGGAAAGAGUCGAUAAGGCCCUUCUUGCGGUUGUUAAUAAAGACGCUCUUCUUAAACAAUACCUCAAAACAAGAUUCACCCUCCGCGCCAACAUGGCCCCCCACGCCAUGAAAUUCUAA